AUGUCACUACCAGAUGAGUGUUGGGAAUCCAUCUUCAAAUUCCUCCUCCACGACGGCGACAGCGACGGAAAAGACAUCCACCGCUACUUCGAGUCUCUCUCCCUCGUCUCCAAACACUUCCUCUCCAUCACCAACCAUCUCCGAUCUUCCCUCACAAUCUCCGAUCCCACCCUCCCUUUCCUCCCUCGUCUCUUCCACAGAUUCCCCAAUCUCACCUCUCUCGACCUCACGCGCAUCACCAAACAAACUGAUCUCCACGCGCUUCUCUGUCAAAUCUCCACUUUCCCCUUCAAUCUCAAAUCACUCAAAAUCUCCAACCAAUCCACCAUUCCCGCCAAUGGACUACGAGCUUUGUCAAAAACCAUUCCAUCUUUAACAUCUCUCACUUGUUCCCACAUUGAUUCUCUCCAUGACAACGAUCUCGUUCUUAUCUCCGAUUGUUUCCCUUUCCUUGAAGAACUUGAUCUUAGUAACACUCAAAAAGAUGUUAACGUUGUGUUAAACGCUAUGGUCUUGGAUCUUCCUAAUCUCCGCAAGGUUAAUCUCUCUGGUCAUUAUAAUAUAAACGACUCAAUGCUUUUGCAUUUGUGUAUGAAUUGUGAGUUUCUACAAGAGAUUGUAAUUUUGAGAUCCUCAUUCAUAACACAUGAUGGUAUUGCUUCCUCUAUCCGUGAGAGGCCGGGUUUGCAAUCUCUCUCGGUUAGAUUGUGCUUAAAUGGAAGCCAUUCAAACUUUAUUGACUCGUUGGUGAGUUUAAAGAGCUUAACUUGUCUUGAUUUUUCAUAUUCAACUGUAUCGGAUCAUUUGCUUUCGUCUCUAGCAGAUACAGGUCUUCCUUUAAGGAAACUCAUCCUCCAAGGUUGUCGGGGUUAUAGCUAUGUUGGAAUCUUUAACUUGUUGUCUAAGUGUCGAUUUUUUCAAUAUUUGGAUCUUCAAGAGGCUCAUUUUCUGAAUGAUUUGAAUGUUCUCGAGUUGUCGUCGUUUCUUGGUGAUUUAGUGUCUAUAAACGUUAGUCAAUGCAUUAGCCUCACAAAUUUUGCCUUAUUUUCACUCCUUAGGAACUGUGCUUCACUUAGUGAGGUCAGAAUGGAAUACACAGAUCUUGGGAAAGUUAGUGAAGAGAGCUACAGUACCUUGAUUAAUCCUGUUGUAAACUCUCAAUUAAAGUCUCUCUAUUUAGCUCACAACAGAUGGUUGAGGGAUGAACACAUCUAUAUGUUUGCUUCCGUUCUCCCUAAGUUACAACUCUUCGAUUUGAGGGAUUGUUGGGGCAUAUCUGAAGAAGGUAUUGGUCAUAUUUUAAGGAAAUGUAGUAAGAUUAGAUAUUUGAACUUAACCAACUGUGUUGGACUGGAGAUACUUAGAAUGAACUUUAAACUUUCUUCACUGGAAGUGUUGAACUUGUCAGAGUGUGGAAUUGAUGAUACAUCACUCUAUGCGAUCUCAAAGAGUUGCUUUGGGCUACUGCAACUUGACUUAGGAGGUUGUUGUGGUAUCACAGAGAAGGGAGUGAGGAAAGUCGUAGAAAGCUGCACACAACUGAGAGAAAUAAAUUUAAAGGAAUGUCGUAAAGUGGCUGCUGAUGUUGUCGACUCGAUGGUAUUUAUAAGGCCUUCAUUGAGAAAAAUAACAGCUCCGCCUUAUUUUCCUUGUAGUGAAAGCAAGAGGAAACUCUUCUUGCGUCAUGGGUGUCUUGUAUGCUAA